GCUGAAGCUGUGUGAGGAGGAGGAGGAAGUGAGAGGAGGAGGUGAGGUGCUGCAGGAGGUGAACUGGGCUGGUGGAGACAGAGGCUGGGCCUGGGGCUGGGUCUCCGGACAGAGGCCUGGCUUUUCUGUCAGGGCAGGGCCUAGCCCCCGCCCCCAUAAAAGAGGAGACAUAGGAGGCUUGGCCCCUGGCACCAUGGCCCAGGCCCUGGGGGAGGACCUGGUGCAGCCUCCUGAGCUGCAGGAUGACUCCAGCUCUUUGGGGUCCGACUCAGAGCUCAGUGGGCCUGGCCCAUAUCGCCAGGCCGACCGCUAUGGAUUCAUUGGGGGCAGCUCGGCAGAGCCAGGGCCGGGCCACCCGCCUGCAGACCUCAUCCGCCAGCGGGAGAUGAAGUGGGUGGAGAUGACCUUGCACUGGGAGAAAACCAUGUCCCGGCGGUACAAGAAGGUAAAGAUGCAGUGCCGGAAAGGCAUCCCGUCUGCCCUGCGUGCCCGGUGCUGGCCCCUGUUGUGCGGGGCCCACGUGUGUCAGAAAAACAGCCCUGGCACCUAUCAGGAGUUGGCAGAGGCCCCUGGAGACCCACAGUGGAUGGAGACCAUUGGCAGGGACCUUCACCGCCAGUUCCCCCUGCACGAGAUGUUUGUGUCACCUCAGGGCCACGGGCAGCAGGGGCUCCUGCAGGUGCUCAAGGCCUACACCCUGUAUCGACCGGAGCAGGGCUACUGCCAGGCCCAGGGGCCCGUGGCUGCUGUGCUGCUCAUGCACCUGCCCCCGGAGGCCUGUGCCCUGCCCCUUCCCCAGGAGGCCUUCUGGUGCCUGGUGCAGAUCUGUGAGGUCUACCUCCCCGGCUACUAUGGGCCCCACAUGGAGGCUGUGCGGCUGGAUGCCGAGGUGUUCAUGGCCCUGCUGCGGCGGCUGCUUCCGCACGUGCACAAGCACCUGCAGCAGGUGGGCGUCGGGCCCCUGCUCUACCUGCCCGAGUGGUUCCUGUGCCUCUUCGCCCGCUCCCUGCCCUUCCCCACAGUGCUGCGUGUCUGGGAUGCCUUCCUCAGUGAGGGAGGAGGACUCACCGGGGUGCCUGUGGAGGCCUGGGCCAGAGAGGCCACUGUCCCCAGGGGCCAGGCUACAGUCCAUGAAGGAGGGAGGGCUUGGAGCCAUGAAGCCAGAGAAGUGGAGGCUGGGGGCCAGGCCAAGAACGGGAGGGGAGUCGAGCAGGGCCAAGCUGGACUCCCUGUGUCUUUGGGACUCCGCCUUGACACUGCCAUCGGUGCCAAGGUACUGUUCCGUGUGGGGCUGACAUUGGUGCGCCUGGCGCUGGGCACUGCAGAGCAACGAGGGGCCUGCCCUGGCCUCCUGGAGACACUCGGAGCCCUUCGAGCCAUCCCCCCCGCGCAGCUGCAGGAGGAGGCCUUCAUGUCACAGGUGCACAACGUGGUGCUGUCAGAGCGGGACCUGCAGCGGGAGAUCAAGGCCCAGCUGGCCCAGCUGCCCGAUUCUGCGCCGGGGCCCCUGCCCCGGCCACAGGUCCGCCUCGCUGGGGCCCAAGCCAUCUUCGAGGCCCAGCAGCUGGCAGGGGCACGACGAGGCGCCAAGCCUGAGGUGCCUCGGAUUGUGGUGCAGCCCCCAGAGGAGCCCAGACCACCACGGCGGAAACCCCAGACCCGCGGCAAGACUUUCCAUGGGCUCCUGACUCGGGCCCGGGGCCCCCCCAUCGAGGGGCCUCCCAGGCCCCAACGAGGCUCCACCUCCUUCCUAGACACCCGCUUCUGAGAGGACCAUGGACUCAGUGUUCCCCAGUCUCAAUUGCCUGAUGGCUGAUGCCAGCCCUGCAAAUAGGCACCGCACUUUACUCUUGGGACUCGGCUUCCUUCCAGGCAGGGCCCAGGCGGUGGGGAGGAGGAGGUCCUCCGUGGUACAUACUGGGUCAGGCACUAGCAUGGAGAGGGUCCCAGAGUGGGGCACGUGAGGACUCAUGGAACUGUCCUGGUGCCCAGGCCCUCACAAGUACCAAAGCCAGCACCGUAGGAGUCAGGGAAGGGGUUGGCUGGGUUAAGGGACCCCAGAGGGCUCCAGGAAUAAAAUCUGUUUGAACUUGGA